CUCUAUCGUAAGAACCGGAAAGAAUGAGGAGACAAGCCGGGAAUAGAACGCGUCCCGGCCGCGGUGCACACCGGGAGUUGUGGUCUUCGCCCAUUUGUGCUCCGUUCCCGGAAUUCCGGGCUCGCCACGACACCCACCUUCCUGGGGUUCCGGCAUCUCAGCGCGGGCUCGUGCGCGGGCUGCAGAGGUCCCGACGGGAGCCAACCGGGCCCUGCAAACUGGCUCCGGUCCUGCUCGUCUCAGGUCUCGGCUCCCAGAACUUUGCCAUUGAUAACGCAGAGUUUGGUGGGGUUUGGAUUCCCGCACGCCCACAACCGCCCCACCGCCGUCUGUUACUAAAAUCACUUACUUUAACGGUAAAAUGUACCAGCAAGGGCAAGCGGCGCCCUCGGAUCCCGAAGUUCCGUGUAGACAGUGCCUUGGAAAGGCUGUCCCGGCGGCAUAAUACCCGUUCCUGUGCUGCGGACAUCAGCGCGGUUCCUCGCCCGGGUCACACCGACCGGUCGGUGGCCGCCGGGGCCGGACCUUCGUUCCCUGCAGCGCCCGCGGGGCCUCGGCGCCCCGCGAGGUCGCGGGCCGGACGGUGGGGAUGUUUGCGCCGGACCUGGAAGGACUCAAAUCCUGAGCGGACCUGGUGUCCCUCUGACAUGCUGAUCAUGUUGGCUGUAUGUCUGGAACUCACCGGCCUUACCCUUCUGUCACACCGGAAGACUGCUAACAGAAUUCUUCUCAUCAGGCCAUGCAACCUUUGCUGUAAUUGGUGUCACAGCCAAUGGUCCAAUAUUCAGAUGAGAGUGAAACACAGAAAUCAGAUAAUGGUGAGUGGUUCCGAGGCUGGCUGGACAUGAAAACUACCUUGAGAGCUAUUUUUGAAAAUCAUUAUAAAGCCAAGAAAAGUAUAGAAUUGUAAGAAUUAAAAAUAAAUCCCCAUCUCUUGCCUCCCCCCCACAAACCAUUUCCUAGAGAUAGGCACUGUCAACAGCCCAAUGCACAUCUUUCCAGACAUCGUGUGCGCCUAUAGAAGCACGUAGGAGGUAUGUGGAAAUAGAAUGUUUCCACUCUCAUUUUUAGAUAACUCUAAUGUUAUUAUGCAGAUCACUGUUCUGCAACUCUUUUUUUAAAC